AUGUACGGUGGUGGCGGUGGCGGAGGAAGUAUGUAUGGCGGGUCUUCUGGUGGCAGCAGUGGUGGUGGUGGAGGAUAUGGUGGAUCUUCAAGUGGCGGAAGCGGCGGAGGCUACGGUGGAUCCUCUGGUGGUGGAGGCAGCGGCGGCGGCGGAGGCUAUAGUGGAUCCUCUGGUGGUGGAGGCGGCGGAGGCUACAGAGGAUCCUCUGGCGGUGGUGGCAGCAGGCGGCGGAGGCUGGUGGAUCCUCUGAAGUGGUGGAGGCGGCGGGCUACGGUGGAUCCUCCUGGUGGUGGAGAAACAGCGGAAGCGGCGGAGAUGCAGUGGAUCUUCUGGUGGUGGAGGCAGUGGAAGCGGCAGGGGCUACGGUGGAUCCUCUGGUGGUGGAGGCAGCGGGCGGCGGGUACAGGCGGAUCCUCUGAGUGGUGGAGGCAGCGGAGGGGUGCAGUGGAUCCUCUGGCGGUGAAACAGCAGGCGGCGGAGGAUCACAGUGGAUCACUCUCUGGUGGUGGAAGGCAGCAGGAGGCUGAGUGGAUCCUCUGGCGGUGGAGGCAACAGGCGGCGGAGGCUACGACAAGAAUAAUACGUCAAAGGUUGCGAAACAUUGUGUCUAUUCUUUCAAAGACAGUUUAA